AGUUGCUUGCACUGAUUAUUUAAGGUUUUUGUUUUAAAAUGACUCUUUUAAAACAAGUGAAGAUAAAUCUUGGUGGGGGGUGUGAGCUUUUGUUUGAUAAUCGUUCUGAGCUAGUGCUCGAAGACAGCAUACCAGAGGGGGCCACAUUGACGGGACUCGUGCAAUACCUAAAAAGCAACUGCUUGUCUGAAAGACCGGAUCUUUUUGUAAACUCAACUGGCAUGUCUGUUCGUCCAGGCAUUUUGGUUCUUGUGGAUGGCUGUGAUGCAGAGAUAAUGGGUGGCAUGGACUAUGUUCUUGAGGAAGGCGAUACUGUUGACUUUAUCUCUACACUCCAUGGAGGAUAGGCGUAUGUACCCAAACAACGAUUACCAUAUGAAAUUUUCACAUUUGUAGUGCUUUUUUAUCUUCUGCUUGUGUUUUAUGGCUAUUAUUAUUAUAUAAGCUAGUUAAAGAUGAUUAAUCAAAAUAAUCGGUGAAGAGGCAGCGAAUAAUUUUUUAUUCUAUCACCUUCUCGAUGAAAGGGGGUGUGGAACUAACUUCGUUUUGUUCAAGGCAAGAAAAUGUGCUCUUAUUUAUUUUAUGCUUACUUUUCCAAGGAUUCAUUUAGUUCUAGCUUCAGCAUUGCGAAAGGUUGACAGUGGGGCGAAACGCAUUCCAAGCAACGUGUGCAUCUGUGAGUGAAAUGUGCGAAUCUAUUUUACGUCACCUUGCUAAGGGUUAUGUUCAAUUCUAAUAUGCUUAAAGGCUGAAGAAAUUUGUAAGCGAAGGAAAAGCUUGACAUGCUACAGUGGCCUAUAAACACUUUCCUUACUUUCAGUGAGGUUCUUUUGUCUCUCAUAAAGUGUCAUUUUGUUCACCAUGCAUCUUGCAUAAUUAUUUGUAAGGUAGAUUGAAUCGAUGCCUGUUGAGUCUAAAAAGAGUGCUGAUUUACUUUUUAUUAGGCUUAAUUAGCUAAUAGAGA